AUGCAGCAGCAGUUAUUGCAGCCAAUUUCUUAAAAUUCUUAGAUAAUUGGAACGGGCUAAAGUUUGCUUAUUCAGCCUUCACCAACCUAGAAGAGGAUUGGGGUAAGCAAACCAAAUUUGAUGUUUAUGGAAAAAUCCAUCAAGUUGCCAACUGAGUAUCAGCCUAAUGAUAGUACUUAACUUCUAUCACCAUUCUAAAUGAUGGAUAAAGGAAUCACUUUGAACAUGGAAGAGGAGCAAAGAAUGUUCCAGCGAUUCCUUAAGACCUUCAGUAAUAGAAAUUGGAAUGACUUUGCAAACAAAAUUUUGGAAAAUGAUAAAAAUUUAGUCGUAAGUAUAAAUAAUAUUAUCAUCAUUUAGAGAGAAAUGAAAUCCUAAGUCCAGUCUACUAAGAGCAUGACAAAGACUUUAUCUAGGAAUAGCUUAUUAUCUUAGGGAGGAGGAGGUGGUGGAGGGACUCAACAAAAGUAGAGUAAGCACCCACAAACACAGCAAUAAUCUAAUCUCAAUCAUUAUUUAACUCAGUUUAACACCUUCAAAAGUCACUAAUGGUCAAAGUUAAAUCUGGAGUUAAAUCAGAGUAGAGCACAGACGACUAUUCAAAAGAUGGUUGAUGCUACCACUGCCAAACAAGAAAUGAAGGAAUGGCAGGAUAAAAUGAAAGAGUAAGAGACAAUGAUGGAGUAUUACAAGUAGUCUCAGCAGUAGAUAAAAGAUAAUAAUAUGGACUAUACACCAAUGAAUGAGUACUCAGUUUAGAGCCAGACUGACUAAAUGAGAUCCAUGAGUCAGUAAAACAACAGUUAGUUUAGAAAACGAAAAUUUUCAGAUAGUCUUUAAGAAUAAAUCAAUAGAGACUCAGUUGUGACCGCUGAUUAAAACUAGCAUGCCAUAGAACACCAAUUAAAGUAUAAGAAAUAUCUGAAAAAUACAGAGAUAAACUAGCUGACUAACUCAUUAAACUAGUUGAGCAUGCUUUAGUCUAUGAAAUCUGUGAAGAUUCUUAAGAAAUUUGAAUAUCCUUCCACCAUAGAAGCUAUAGUAAAAUAUAUUAAAGAGAAGGAUUUGGAUCUCUAUGAAUAGAUUAGGCAAACUAAGAAUUUAAUAAGCCUAAGAUUUGAUAAUUACUAAGAUGAUUAAUAAAAUUAAACUAUAGAUCAGAGGAGAAGUAAAACUAAUUCACCAGAGAAAAAAGUAAUAAAAGGUGAAGGGAAAGAAUAGAAAUUUAAAAGGAAAUUCACAAUGAAUGAAAGAGAAUAAUUAAAUGUACUUAAAAAAUGUCAUGUUAAACCAGAGGACCCUAAAUACUUAUCAACUGAGGUUAGCGAGAGAGGAGAAUUAGUCUAGAAAGUCCUAGCAUUGUUUUUCGAUAUGUUCAGAUCCUACGAUAUGUCCUUUGACAAAAUCAUCGAGUAAGAGUUGAAUCUAUACAAAGACGGUAUUAAGAAGCAAGCAGCAAUUAAAGAUGCAAACUUGAAACAGAAAGAAAAAGAACUAGACAAAGCUAUUAAGAGAGCAUAGGAGAUAGAAUACAUUCUAUAAGAUAAUAACAAUCACGUUUAAGCACUUAUAGCUUAGCGAAAAGCACAAGAGAUCAGAUUUAAGGUGACUCGCAACUUGAUAGACAAUUUGAUCUUCAGCUAUAAGUAAAAGAUCUAGAAGAUUUAUGCCAGGAAUAGAGAUCAAAGACUAAUGGCGAGAGACUUUAUAUUUGAGUUAAAGGAACUUAAGAGAUUCAGUGAAAAAGAUGAUAGGGAUUUUGACAGCGAUUUUGAUAAAGAAGAGGAGGAUAAAGUAUUUUAGAAUUUAAAGAAGAAGGUUAAUAAGUGCACCUAAACAAUUCAACUAUUCAGGGUGAGAUCAUAAAAGGAUAUUGAUGAGAAUAAGCAAGCAUCACAGGAGGGUUAAAGUGAAGAUAAUCCACAAGAGGAGUUAUAGAAAUAAUAAGUAAAAGGGAAGAGAAAAAGAAAGCCAAGAAAGAAAAGAGUAAAGAAGUUGAUAACUCUAGGUACUUAAAUUCUAGAGGAAGGAGAAGCAGAAUAAAUAGUGGAUAUAGGCCUAGAUAUUAAUGUAGACCUGGAGGGAGAUGAAGAUGAUGAAAAUUAAUCUGAUAAUUCUGAAGGAGAGCAAGAGUAGAAUAGUGAAGAUGAGUAAAAUUAAGAAGCGGAAGAAGAAAUAAAAGAACCUGUAAAGCAAGAAAUUAAUCUAUCAAACAUAGAUUCAGAAGGUAAUGAUAUUGACGAGAAAUCAGAAUAGGAACUAAAUGAAACUGAGUAGAUGCAAAUGCAAAAGGAAAAUUAAUAUUUCAGGAUCCUCGAAGAAUUUGAACCUUAAUAGAUACUAGAUAUAAUUGCAUUCUAUAACUAUUAAACUGGCAAGGACUUGCUUGAUAAAGAGCUGCAAACAGAUUUCGAGACUAACAGCGAAUCAUUAAUAAAUUAGAUAAAUACUGACUCCAAAAAUCUUACCGUCAAUACUAAAGGAAAGAAAUUUCACACUUUGAAAACACCUAUAGUUGGAAAGAACAGGCAAGGUUUAGGAAAAGGAAUGACUGUAGAUACAAAUAUUAUUGAUGACUAAAUGAGUAAAAAUGAUUUGUCAAUGGAAUCAGAAAACAACAUGAAUAUAGGGUUUGCAUAAAUGAGUCACGGGACGAACCAAUAAAGCUCUAACUCUGGAGAGAGUCCAAAGAGAGGUAUCUAGCACUCUAUGACAGGAAUAUCUUUGGAUGAGGCAUUUGAAGAUAUCUAGAAUUUAGACCUCAACGAUCUAGAUACCAUGCUAGCUUCUGACAAGAAUUACAAGAAAAAGAGUAUGCAAUUUCUAUCUGGUUUGAUAGGCUAGCUUAAGAAAACUAAAACGUUUAAAAAUAUGGUAGAAAAAACAGCCAAGGAUUUAAAAAGAGAGGAGGAUAAGAAAGAUUUGAUAAAGCAGGAGAAAUGGAUGAAUCGCAGAAAUGGCCAGAUCAUACCUGGGGGAUCUCCAAGCAAUCGCUCUUCAAAUUUGAGUCCUUUGUACAAAGAUAAAAAUUAAUCAUUUGGAAAUUCUCUCGCAGUCUAGAAUCAUCCUUAAAGCACAAAAGUGUCUCCAAUGAAUAGCAAAAAUUAAAGACUAAUGGCCAACUAAAAUAAUAAUAGCAACAAUAACCAAGGAAAUAAUAAUGGCAAUGUCAUCAUAGAAGAAGGAUCCUCUUAGUCCUCUGACUCUGACAGGGGCAUUAGUAAAAAUAAGAAAAAUGCUCAAAGAUCAAAUUAAAAACAGAAACCUACCACUAAUCAAAGUACUACUAAUUCGAGAUUUAAUGUGAAUAAAAAGAAGAUAGUCCCUACUAAGCCUUAACAACAACAGACUAUUUCCAAUGAUAAGGGUAUUUAGGUUGGCACUUAUGUUGUAAGUGAAGCGUAACAGCCAAAUUAGCAUAUGAAAAACUAUUCAAUAGACAGCAUGUAGGAUCCUCAAUAAAUUCCACCUCCAUUUGUAAAUAUCUAAAUCAAUCCCUAUGAUGACCCUAACUCUCCUGCUAAUAAACCUACAACUGUAGUGGGUAAAUUGGGCUUUAUCCUAAGGCAGAAAAUUGAAACUUAGCUUAUGAUUUAAAACCCUCAGCUUUAUCAGUAAAGGUUAUAGUCAUAAAUGACUAUGAGUACUCAAUAAAAUGGAACUAUUCCGAUGCCUUUCAAUCUAGGCUAAAGUCGUGCAAGAAAGCCAUUAGCAACACAUCCAAUGUCUAAAUUCUUACCGACCUUUAUUGAAAAGUUUUCAUGCAACGAUAAGAAGUUCUUAAAUGUGAAUUAGAUAUCAAUCAAACAGCUUCUCAAGUUCAUUCAAAGCUUUUACCAAGAUAAGUACAACACAGCUAGAGAGUCUUUAAUAGUUAAGCAUUAAGCAAUGAGUGACUUUGUCUAUGAUCAGCUCUAUAAUAAGUAUGGAAUCGCUAAUAUCACAGAGAAGAAGUUGAAAGAGAUAUUCUUAACAAUUAAGUUUAAUCAAUAAAAGAAUUAUACAGUCGAAUUCUUUGGAAAGUUCUUGGGGCUAGAUUCUCAAUAUUUCUCAAAUGAUGAUCUUUCAUUUUUCUACAGAAUGAACAGACUUAUGGUUUUUGGCUAUUUCCAGAAGAAAGUCAUGCUUAAGACCUUUCCAAAGAUCUAGGAGGAGUUAUAAAUUAAGGUGAAAUAAUUUGCUAAAUUACCAGCUCCAGGCACUAAUGGACCAGUACUCGUAACUUCUGAGAAAUACUUUGGAGUUUUGAUAGAGGUUUAUAGAAAUAUCAAGUAAAAAAUAUUCGAAAAUAUCAAAGAAAGAAACAAUGGAAUAAUCACUGAGGAUGAUGUGUAUCCAGCAUGCUUCUAAGAGAGAUUACUCGACUUUGAUGAGUUUAACAGAUUACUGAUAGCACUAAAUGGUAAGAAGCAAGACGCAGCUGGAUUUAUUGAGGUGAUCCCCAUAUUGUUUGAAAGAGGCAGAUUGUAUAAUCAAUAGAAUCUUAAGGAGGAGGAAAAGAGGAUUUAAUUAGAAAAUGUGAUAUCUAUUGUUUUCAAGCAUGAUUUAGUACUGAUUUGA